AUGAUAUAUGAUACUUUACUUGCCAGAAGCUUUAGCAAGCAUGACCAAAAGAAGUUGGGGUAUGGGGCGUUGGCUGCUUGCUUCCUCGUUGCAUUGAGCUUUUUCACUGUCUGUAACCCUUCUUUGGGUCCUCUUCCACUUUUGAAUUUGAGGUUAUCAAAGCGGGGUGAGCAAGAAGUAUUUGGUGUAAAUGAAACAAGUACUCUGCACAUGGCCAGAGAUGCAGAAAUUAUUACAAACAAUACAUUAGCCAUCAGUAAUGCAAGCGGUUCAGCUAGGUCAGUUAAUGAAAUUAAAGUACAGGGUCCCCUGAUGGUCAAUGCUACGAGCAGCUCUCAGCAAUUAGCCACUGAUGUCGUGACGAAGAACGAAAAAAUGGAGCUGCUGUGCAAUAUCAAGGGAAGAUCAGAGUUCUGUGAGAUAAAAGGGGACAUCAGGAUUGACGGAAACUCCUCCACUGCUUUCAUUGUCUCAUCUGAAACAGAUAUCUUGGCAGCAGAAAACACCUCAUGGAGUAUCAGGCCUUAUGCGCGAAAAGAAUUAGUAGGGAUAAAGGAUUUUGCUAGGAAAUGGUCAGUAAAACUUGUACCUGAUCACCCAGAUAUCGCUCAUUGCACUCGUAAUCACAGUGUUCCUGCAAUCCUUUUCUCUGUUGGAGGGUUUUCAGGAAACUAUUUCCACGCCUUCACUGAUAUAAUUGUUCCACUAUACGCAACUGCUCGACCCUUUAAUGGAGAAACUCAAUUUCUCAUUACCAACAAUAAAUCUUGGUGGGUUGCAAGGUUCAAAACAUUAUUGGGGGCACUGUCUAAAUAUGAGCCCAUAGACAUUGAUGACAGACAUAAUAUCCAUUGCUUCAAAAGCCUAACGAUUGGCCUUAAAGGUCGAACCAAAAAGGAGCUCAAUAUCGAUCCUUCCACCUCUCCAUAUUCCAUGAAGAACUUUAGGCAGUUUUUAAGUCGUUCCUAUUCCUUAAAUACCACAACAGCAGCCCAAAUCAGGGAUGGUAAUAAGAGAAAACCUCGGCUUCUAAUCAUUUCAAGAAAGAGAUCAAGAGCUUUCACAAAUGUCGGCGAAAUUGCUAAACUAGCAGAAAGCUUGAGCUACCAAGUAGUUGUCGCAGAACCUGGCCCAGAUGUACCAGGAUUUGCAAAAAUUAUCAACUCCUGUGAUGUAGUGAUGGGAGUUCAUGGUGCUGGCCUAACCAACAUUGUUUUCCUUCCUGAAAAUGCAAUCUUGAUUCAAGUAGUUCCAUUUGGGGCAGGAUGGUCGUCAAGAGUCUGCUUUGAAGACCCUGCAAAGGACAUGAACAUAAGGUACUUGGACUACAAAAUUGGGGUAGAAGAGAGCACUUUGACACAGCAAUACCCAGCCGGCCAUGUAGUUUUGAGGGAUCCCUCUGUGAUUGCGAAACAGGGUUGGUUGGCAUUUACUUCAAUAUACUUGCACAAACAAAAUGUAACGCUAGAUGUGGAUAGGUUCAGACCCACUUUGGUAAAAGCCUUAGAACUGCUGCAUCAGUGA